CACUUUCCACACCAAGUUCAUUUUCCACAAUCUCGGUGUUUUGGAAAAAUGUUUUCCUUGCGUGUUCACGCUCGAUUUCCUCGAAUUUUCCGUCAAAAUUCGCGUCUUUUUGUGUCUAGUGCACAGCCCGCGAGUGAUGAGUACGUGUCAGAAGCGCAAUACCCGGAAAUUCUCGAUCCAUCGUACAGAGCAAAGAUUCUGCGGAAGAAAUUGGCAUGGCACGAGAAGCUGAAGAAGGUAGCAACGGUGGAGGAGAAAUUGCUGGGUAUCAACAUGCCACGGUACUUUGGGUACAAGUGUGUCAUGCUGAAUGAUGAGAAAUUCCCCUACAAUUGCCUGGGAUUCAAUCAAUUCGCCACCCGGACGGUUUUCCAUGAAACAGACAAACUUCCGGAUUUCUACCGGCAAUACGAUGAGGCUGUGGAGAGGAUCACCAAUGCUGUGAAAGGGGCCAUUGAGGAGGCUCUUGUGCAUGAGCUGACGGGCUACAGGAAAGCCCAUGAAGGUGCGGGGAAGAGAAUAGAUGGACAAGAAGAAAUUGAUUUGGUGGCUGCAGCAAUUGUCCGGGAGCUCAAUAGAAUCCUCAUAAAUAGCUUAUGUGAGGAAUUCCCGCACCUGGAAGCCAUUGAUGUGGAUCUCCAGCCAAGGCAUGAAGCUUUCUGGGCAGUUGGUGGUAUUCAGCCACCCAAGAGGAUUGAAAAGAUGCUAGAAAAGAGUUCCUGGGCGAAGGAAUACAAAGAUGAUCCUGUGGAUAGAUUCUUCCAGUACAGGGGGACGCCCUAUGUUGCAGUGCGUCAUGAAUUCCCUCUGGAGCCACUCACGAACGUCCUGGAAGCAGCCCAGGGGCGGCAAGAUCUCAAAGUUCCGGAAUUCUUGUACGAUCCCCACACCCUUGGCUACUCCACAGAUCACUGCCAUGGCACGAGUAUUCCGGGAUUCUGGCCUGGUGAGCGUAGGGAAUUCGGGACGAUCUCUUUCCAGCGCAGGAGCUUCCUUUUCACGCGGAACAAGAAAUUCGGAGCUGAGGAUGAGCAGGAAGCCCUCCAUGCCAAUGGAAUCAUCAGCAGCUAUUCCUGGCUUCUUGGUCAAGCUGCCAUGCAGGGCUUUAACACCUACAACGAGCUAACGUACCCCCUGGUGGGACAAACAGUUCUCACAGAUGGCCAGCGAUGGUCAUUCUACGCCUACCAGCUGAAUACACUCCUCCUGCACUCAAACUACUCCCUGGAAAAUCCACGUGCCAAUGAAUGCUGGGGCACACGGGAGGAGAAACUCUUCGAAGGUGUGGAUGAAGCUGGAAAACUCGUUGGCUUCAAUCAGGAAGUUCUUAAGCGUCUCAUUGCGUUCUACUGCAACACCCCACGGGAGCGACAGCACGAGAUGAAGCCCUAUGUGAAGUCCACAGAGAAGCACCUGGCGGAGAUUGCGGAUCCGCAGAAGCGAAAAUGGCUGGAGGAGACCUUCAAGCACAUCAUGUCCAAUCGUCCGCGUCACUGGCAAAUCCCAGAAAUUCAGCAUUGGGAAAAGAUCUAUCAGAUUGAUCACGACAAGCGCCCCAUGGAUGCCAGGAGGAAGUUCUUCCAGCUCGGGGAGAAUCCCUACAAUAGGCGCCUGGACAAUCAUCCUCCCAAAUACAUCCCCAAAUCUAUCCGCCCAGGAGGGCCCAAGAGUAAGGAUAAAUUCGAGAAGCAAUACUAUCCGGAUUGCUGAGGCAUCUCAAGUGGUGCAGGAGAGCAUUUUUUAUGUUAGUUCUGAUGAAUAAAGAGAAUUCAGGAAGGAA